AGCGAAAUUGGCAGGCGGAUCGAAAAAGAGACAACGAGGAGUUCGAAAGAUAAAGGAGUAAAGUAAUUUGGAAAGACGAAAGAGGCUAAAGACGAAGGGACACUACACUUGUUUCAAAACAAUCCAACAUUUUUAGUGUACCUUAGUGAUGAACACUACUUCGUCAACUUCCCAGGAAGGACCAGCAGUUGUGGUUGUUUAUUCCGUUGCCCUUUUUGUGGUCAUCGUGCUUGCACUUUUGGGCAACAGCGUUGUAUUUGUAGCAUUCUAUCGCUCAUCAGCACUACAUAAUGCGAGUGUAGCAUUCAUCCUAUCCUUGGCUGUCACUGACAUUUUAGUAGCUUCCAUAUCCAUCCCAAUUUGGCUGUCUUUUCAACUCAACCAGUGCUUUUAUUUAUCGAACGUCCUUUGUAACAAAACAACGUACACUGUUUGGAAAUGUGUUGAUGUCUUAUUCUCCACCGCUUCCAUCAUGAAUCUGUGUGCUAUCAGUAUCGAUAAAUUUAUUGUCAUUACUAAACCACUCCAUUAUCCAAACAUAAUGACUUCCAAACGUGCAAACAUUGCUCUCGCAGCGAUCUGGAUUUUCGCUGUUUCGCUGGCUGCUUUGGUUACUGUCCACUGGGAUUUUUUCCCUACAUUUGUAUUUAUUGUAUCUUUUAUUUUUCCAUCAUUCAUCAUGAUUUAUUCAUACUCUCGUAUUUUCAAGACCGCUUUAUCUCAAGCAAGGCGUGUGUUUCCGAUUCGCCAGACUUACUACUUCAAAAGGGAGCUUAAGGCAGCUAAAACUCUUGCCAUCGUAAUGGGAACUUUUAUCGCUUGUUGGGCACCAUUUUUCUUGGUCAAUCUCAUAGUAAGCUAUCGUCCAGACCUAUUUCCCAGUGCCGUCACAACAGCAGGAAUAAAACUGCUACACUAUAUCAACUCAGCUUUAAAUCCUCUCAUUUAUUCGUUGUCCAAUAAGGAAUUUCGCUACAAAAUUCUUAGAGUUUUGCCCUGCAAAUUAGGAAGAAGAAAUAACACUCACAUGAUUGACCGAGUGGUAUUUUGGUCAACAACUUUCUCUCAAAGUGCUGAUCUUGGGAACACGAGUUUUCCUCGUCAAAAAAGCCUAAGAGUGAAUCGAAAAGAGUAAGAAAAGCAUUAAGAACCAUGCUUUAGUAUUAGCGACAGAGUAAGUAUUUGAAUUAAAACACAUUCCAGUUUAUUGCACUAACUAGGAAAUCACUUUCUGUAGCGGAAACCACCAUUUGUCAAAGUCCAAACAAUCGUUUCCUUUAUGCCAAAAGAACAAAUUAAGACCUGAGCUGUAAAAAAUCGUUAAGAAUAUAAUGAUGGGAACAGAAAAUGAAAUGGCAGCUAGAUAAAUCUUCCAAGCUUUCUUCAAACAUGUAACCCUAUUUCAACUUUUCAUGUUUUUGUUGGUCUUGAAAUAAGGGCAAAUUUAUAUACCACAUAUGUACAUGGCCGUACAAUAAAUUAGUUGUGAAAAUAAAUAUCAAAACAAGGGGUCGAGGGAAUUAGAAAGCAUUGCCCAGAAUGUAUAACCUAAACUGUAUAACACCAGUCAGGACUGCGCUGAUGCAAUAAUUAACUCUUUUGUAUUGAGUUUUGCUGUUUGAAUGGAUGCGCAAACUAUUUUUCGGCUGCUAUGUUGGUGCAUGAAUCGACUGUAUUAUAA